GGGGGAGGCGUGGGGGAGCCGCCCGCCUUCCUUGGCUGCCCGUCCAGGAAGGAAGGAAGGAAGGAAGGAAAGAAGGAAGGAAAGAAAGAGAGAGAGAGAAGAAAAGAAAGCAGAUUCGGCUGCCACUACAGACGGAGCGAAACUCUCUCCGCGGAUCGCAGCCGCCCCCCCCACCCCUGCCCCCCCGAUGGCGCCGGACGACGGGACCGAAUGGCUGCUGCAGCUGCUGACCGAAAUCCAACUGGAGCAGUUUUAUACCAGGAUCCGAGAUGAGCUUCACGUCACCCGUCCCAGCCAUUUUGACUACGUCAAGCCCUUUGACCUGGACCGCAUCGGCCUGGGGCGCCCAGGUCAGCGGCGGCUCGAAGAGGCCUUGAAACGCCGGAGGGGUCAAAGCCAGCGUCCCAAGUCCUGGGUCUAUAAGAUGUUCACAGGGGCGCGAAGCCCAGAAAACGAAGAGACCCCCAACCCCCAGCCCCCGGCCCCUUCCCGGCUGGACACGGACGCCUCCCUCAAAUGCUUGAUCAGCGAGUGGGACCUUCACAUCUGCGAGCGGCUGGGCGACGGAUGCUUCGGGGUGGUGCAUCGCGCCGAGUGGCACGCGCCUGGUGGCGCCUUGAUCCCGGUGGCCGUGAAGACGCUGCGUUCGGACAUCUCCUCCGACCCGGGGGCCCUGAUUGACUUCCUCAAUGAGGUCAACGCCAUGUGCUGCCUGGAUCACCCCCAUCUCCUCCGCCUCCACGGCGUGGUGCUCACCCAGCCCCUCAAGAUGGUCACGGAAUUGGCCACGCUGGGCUCGCUCUACGACCGGCUCCAGCCGCCUUUCCCUCUGCACCAGCUCUGGAGCUACGCCGUGCAGGUGGCGGGGGCCAUGGCUUACCUGGAGUCCAAGCUCUUCGUCCACCGGGAUCUGGCCGCCCGUAACAUCCUCCUGGUCUCCGAGGACCACGCCAAGAUUGGCGAUUUCGGCCUGAUGCGCCCGCUGUCCAGCAAGAGUGACCGCUAUGUCAUGUCCGCCCACCGGCGCAUCCCGUUUGCCUGGUGUGCCCCUGAGAGUCUGCGCCUGGGCGUCUUCACCAGCGCCUCGGACGUCUGGAUGUUCGGGGUGACCCUUUGGGAGAUGUUCUCCUACUGCGAGGAGCCCUGGGUGGGCUUGUCGGGCAGGCAGAUCAUGAUCAAAAUAGACCGGGAAGGAGGCCGCUUAGAACGGACGGAGGAUUGUCCCAGGACCAUCUACGCCCUGGCGCUGAAAUGCUGGGCUCACAACCCGGAAGAGAGGCCCAAAUUCCGGGAAAUUAUCCACCUGUUGCAGGAGCUCCGUCCCAAAGAGAUGACGGCCAAUUGUGGGUUUGGGGAGCCCGGCUGGCUGAGGCUGGAAGCGAACGACCCGGUCACUAUUAUCGAAGGCGGCCCCGAAUCCUCCACCUGGCGGGGGCAGAACAAGCGGACUCUCAAAGUUGGCAUCUUCCCGUCUUCCGUCGUGGCAGCAGUCGAGGAAGGAGCGCCCCCUGUUGGAGCCCCGCGGAUCAGCCGCCCCAUCCGAAGCUCCUUCCUUCACCUGAGUCACGGGGAUAUCGACCCUGAGCGAGGAUGGGGGUCUCCAGACCAGAAGGAGGAAAAAAAGCCGAAAUCGCGCGGGGGGAAUCUGGGUCCCCCGAGUCCCAGCAAGAACAAGCAGCUGCUGCAAUUGGCCCGCCUCUCCAAAAGCUUGGAGUCCAUUUCCGAGUGGUCCAUUCUGCGUCACAAGCCGAGAUUCCCCCCUUUCCGGGCGGACGGGCCCAGCCGGGCCCCCCAGCGGCGCUUCAGCGACCUCCCCACCCCUCUCCCGUCGCCCCCCCAGCCGGAUAGCCGCAGCCCCAAGCCCGCCGGGCGCAUCCCGAACCCGGCACUGCCUUCCUGGGCACUGCCCAAGGCGGAAGCUGCGGGGGCCAAAGAGAAGGACCAGCGGAUGGGCCGGCCGGGCCCCAAAGGCGCCGGGGGGCCACACCCUCCCGGCGGGCAGAGGCUGACCAUGGGGGAGAUCGAGAAGAAGAUCAAAGAGGUUGAAGAGCGGGUGCAUGGAGUGACCACGGAGGAGUGCCUGGAGGCCCUGCGGAUGAACGCCUGGGAGGUCCCCAAAACCGUCCAGUUGCUGAAGGUCCACCAGCUCUUCAACCUGAGCUCUCUGUCGUGGGACGAAUGCCGUCGGAUCCUGGAGAAGCAUCGUUGGAACCUGGCCAUGGCUUCCCGCUACGUCCUCAGCCGGGGGCUCCGGACCUGAGCAGCACCUGAGGGGUGGGGGGCAGAAGGGGGGAAGCAGGACCGGUCCUGAAGGGCCCAGGUGACCAAGAUCCCCACUCACCUGUGUGGUGGACAGAAAAGCCCCCCUGGCCUUCCCCAGCACCCUCCGAGGACUCCCGGCUGAUUGUCCGGCCACUUACGACGAUGGCCGCACGGAGGGGGCAGCCCAAACCCACACCAGGCAACCCCCUCCUCUUCCUUUUGGCCCAAGAGGCACCGAAGACGAUGGUCCGGUUGACCAGCCUGCGAAUGCAGCCCUCCUCUGAACCUCGGGACACAAGGUCCUAGUCCUCUUUGAGGAGGGGCACCUCAACUGGGCUGCCCUACGGCUCCCUUCCUGGGCUGAAAACGGGCCCGAGGGGACCCCACCGUUUUACAAUUUGCAGGUUUUCUUAUUUAUAAGCCCGGCUAGCUUGAACUACUUUUAAGAUUUUUUCCCCCUGCGUGGACGCUCGCUGUAUUUGGGGACGGGCGGGAGGGGGAGGCAUAGCCCCCUCACCAAAGGCCCGUGCGCCUUAAGGGGUGGGGGGCAGUGGGGCUGUUGGAUGGAAGGGCCUUUUGGGCUAUGUAAAUAUGGGGUCAUCAGACAAUAAAGGUGAGGAUCUGUUAA